CUGCAGGACUUGUCGAAUCUCGUAAAGAAGCUUGCGAACGAGACAACCAAACCUCCCCCUCCCCGCGCGGACUCUGCACGGCCGUCCGUCAAGCCCCCUCGUUACAGCGACUUCGCCAACAACCCUGAAAACGACCUCUCCAGUAAACCUGCCGUCGCGGCUCCCGAUGCGCCAGGCUUUCCGGGUCUUCCAGCGUCUGUCGCCCGGCAGAUGCCAUGGCUGGCACAGGCAAAAAAGCAGCCGCCGCAAGACGCGGAGAGCGAUCUCGAGGGAUUGAUACCCAAGGCGCUUUCUUCCCCAUCCAUGCCGACAUCCGCCGAUAGAACAAUGGUGCCUCGUACCGAGGUCAUCGCCAUGCGGUCGCGGCUCAACAAGAAGCUCAGCGAGUCCAACACGUACAACCGCUUCCUGCAGCGCGAGGUGCAAUACCGCGAGCAGGCGCUGAGCGACUCAAAAGCGCUCAUGAUCGCACUGGCGGCGGAAAUGCGGGAGCUGAGCGAGGUUGCGGAGGAGAUCGUGAAGACCGACGGCUUGCCAGUCACGAGGAAGAUCAACGGCCGAUAUUUACCGUCACACCUCAGCAACAGAUUGGAAGAGCUCUAUUCCGACCUGAGGCAGCAGCUCGAGGGAAUCGAGAAGCUGCGCCUGCGUGAAGUGCCCUUGGUGUGGUUUGGCAUGGCGGAGGAUGUGAAGGUGAUGGGGUCGUUUGACGGCUGGACGUACGGCGAGCAGAUGUCCCCUGAGACCACCGGCACCAUGACCCGCUUCACCACCGUGCUCAAGCUGCGCCCUGGCAGGUAA